GCCAGCUGCAGGAAGACAUAUUCCAGCUUGGUGGAAUGUCAGUUCAUUGGCCAUGCAGAGAUUCUCCAUUUGAUUUUUAACGAAACUGUCACACAACCCAUCACAUGACUGUGCAAAAGAGGAUGACUAAGACAGUGAGAAAUUAAGUUCCAGAUAAUACAAAUCCUAUCACAAGGAACACUUUAAACAGUUUGAAAGUGCUUUGGUACCCUUUUGGGAAAUAACUGAGAUUUAAAGGAUUCAAAACCAACACAUGGGCAUACUUUAAAUUGUGGGAUACAAGAGGCAGUCUUCAUUUUGAAUAGAUUUAGGGAUUCAGAGAAUCAGAUAUAAGGAAUCAUUCAAGAAUCAUUGUAUUACAAGAAUGGAUUUCAUAAAAAGCACAGAGUACUGGGCAAAGCUAGGAUUUGGAAGUAUGAUGGGUAUUCUAGAGCCUGAAUCAGAUUCUGAUUCUGACUCGGACAUUGGUAUUUCUGAAAUCUCUUUUACCCCAACCUGGUAUGUCAGGUUGUACAGAGACGAAUAUGUUGAAUGCUGGAUGUUGGAGGAGGAAUAUAAUGUAGAAAAGCUCAAGCAGGAGUCAAAGAAGGUGUUCCAGUACCUGGGGUACCUGGAGAAGGCAGUGGUCAAGGGGGUGAUGAUUCAGCAGAUUCCUGAGGCAGUGACAGUGGUGUUGGAGGCCGUGAUGGAUCUCAGUUCUCUCCUUGGAACCUACUUUAUAAACCAAGACAGCUCUGUCCUUUUGUCCAGUCAGAACAAAGUAUACCAGAAGCUGGCACAACUGGUCAAGUGGGCAGACACCUUCAUCCUCAAUGAGGAACAGCCGCUGAAUAAAGAUGGCGCUGCUGAAAUCAUCAAAGCUGUCAGUGAUGCACUGAAGGAAUGGGUUCAGAUUUCAUCUGACAAGCUCCAAAACAAGUCUUACCUAUCUCUUCCAAAGUCUGCAGGAUCCAGAGGUUCUUCUACUAGUAACCCUGAAAGCCCAGGUAGAACUUCUCUCCCAGACAUCCCACUCACUCCAAGGGAAAGAGAAAUUCUAGAACAGACUAACAUGGGAGAUUACGAUAACAACUUUGGUUUUAAAGACUCAGACAUCUAUGGAAACAACAACACACUUCUUCCAGGAGCACCACCUCCAAAACCACCGCUUCCUGAAAACAGAGUUUCUCCACUGAUGAAUAGAAGUUCAGCACACAGCAUGGACUCCCCUGAAACAGAAGGAGAGACCCCACCUCCUCUCCCAAGAAAGAAGCGCUCAAAUUCAAAUGUAAUGGAGUAUAACCCGUCACAAGGGGGAUCUUCAUCCACGCCUAUCUCACACCGUUCUCCACAGAGCAGUAUUUUUGGGGGCACAACAAGCACAACUACUCUUGACUCUUUAAACCUGAGUCCUCCAUUUUUGUCCCCGCUCAGUACUUCACCAGCAAGUAGCGUAGGAUCUGGUUUGAAUCAGUCGCGAGAGGAUUUGUUAGACAGUAGUAAAUCUGAGGAGAAUCUAAUGGAAGGAUUUACACAGGCACAUUUCAUUCAUCACACAGCAUCUUGGUCAAGCUCUACUAGUACAACUUCAGGAGGAGGAGGUAUUGACGAUAUAAAUGAAUUAACGAAAAAAAUUCAGUCUCUAACUACUGGGAUCGAACAACCCCCUCCUCUUCCAGAAAAGAGAAACAAUGCUUCAGCAACCAGGACGAGAUAUCCAUCAGAUUAUGACAAUGUAGAUCCAGGGACUGUCUUGGUUCCAGUAGUGACAUCUACAGUUACUACAGUAUCGUCUGCUACAGGGGUGGCUCAAAUGAAGACAUCCCAGAGCACUGCUUCUUACACUAGUUUCCAGCAAAAGGCAAUGUACUCCAAAUCUGCUCAAUUCACCACAUCACAAGGGUCCUUCUCUAGUACAGAGACAUCUUCCAUAGGAACCCUUUCCAGCACAGAGAGUUCUCAAAGUUUACAGAAACCCCCACCACUCCCGCCAAAGAAAAGACAUGUUGAGGCGUACAUGCAGAUGUUUGGCAACUAUUCCCACCCUACAUCCCACCAUGACUUCACACGGCACUCUGUACACUCCGAGAACUACUACCAGAGUCAGUGGUAUCAACACCAGAUGGAGCUGUUUCACCCUCGCUCUCAUACCAUGAGCCUGAUAUCUGACCUGACGCGGCCAGAGUCUGAUCUUUUCUCAAUUGGCAGUGGAGCCUCGGUCGACGACCUGCUCAGUCUCCAUGUACCAGCCCUUCCACCCAAACUACGAACCUUGGUAAGAAAGAGACAAAAGUCUGGUAGAAAUAACACCACCUUCACCACUGACUCGGGGACAUCUGACACUUCCUCUUUCAUGGACUCUGUCAGCACAACAGGGUCCUUCGAUGACACUACGAGUUUGGGAACUGAAAGCCUUAGAUCUGACAGUCUGAGGUCUGAUAGUCUAAGAUCUGAUAGUAUUCGUUCUGAUAGUUUAGGCCCUCCAAGCACAGUUGUUGAGUCAGAGCCAGCUAAAUUUUUACUCCCACCAAAAACCAAAGAGCCUGAGUCAUCCACACCAGAGAAGGACACAGACUCAGACUUUGCGGAACUAAAUCCUCUUGAUGAUGUGGAUGUCUCCGACCAGCUGGUUAGGAAGAAAAAGGGUGAAUCUGGUCCUGAAAUCCGCGGAGGAUCGGUGGAUGCUUUGGUUGUCCAUGCUACGGCUGCAGGCAAACAUGAGAGUGGGAUAGAAUGUGACGAUGACCCAGAUUUUAUGUAUCAAGAAGCAUUCCUUACCACCUACAGAACUUUUAUCUCUCCUGAUGAUCUCAUCAACAAGCUGCUCUAUAGAUACCAGAAGUUUGCCAAUAUGUCAGAUACAGGAAAGAAACGUCUUUCAAGGAACGCGUUUUCACUUCUAGUCAGAGUAGUAGAUGAGUUAUGUGGUAGUGAGCUAAAUGAGCAGUGCAUCCAGACACUGCUGGACCAGGUCUGUCAGCUCCUGUGUGACGGGGAACUCAUGCUGGCACGUAUUCUGAGGAAGAAGGCUCUUGAGAAGGUGGAGACCAGAAAACUGCAUCAGAUAACACAUCACAUGUCAUCACUGACGUCGCAUAGUCUAACUUCAAGACCCAUGCACCUGACCCUGUUCAAGUCACAAGACAUAGCAGAGCAGAUGACACUGAUGGAUGCAGAACUCUUCCAGAGGAUAGAGAUCCCAGAGAUGUUAAGAUGGUCCAGAGAGCAGUCUGAGGAAAGUUGUCCCAAUCUUACGGAGUUCACAGAACAUUUCAACAAGAUGUCAUACUGGUGUAGGUCUCUGAUACUGAAACAGGAGGACCCCAGAGAGAGGGAGAGAUAUUUUAUCAAGUUCAUCAAAAUUAUGAAGUAUCUGAGAAAAUAUAACAACUUCAACUCUUACCUGGCCCUCCUCUCAGCUGUGGAUUCUGCUCCAAUCAGACGGCUGGAAUGGCAGCGACAAAACAUGGACGCCCUGAAGGAAUUUUGUGAACUGAUUGAUAGCUCGUCCUCAUUCAAAGCGUACAGGCAGGCCCUUGCAGAGACUGAGCCUCCCUGCAUCCCUUACAUAGGUCUUAUUCUUCAAGAUCUUACCUUUGUUCACAUUGGCAAUCCAAACAACCUCCCAGAGGGCAGCAUCAACUUUGCCAAAAGGUGGCAGCAGUUUAACAUCCUUGACAAUAUGAAGAGGUUCAAAAAGUGUAAUUAUGGAUUCAAAAAGAAUCCCAAGAUCAUUGGUUUCUUCAACAACUUUGAUGACUACUUGAGCGAAGAGGCGCAGUGGCAGCUUUCAGAGUCCAUUAAGCCGAGAGGAACAAGGAAAAAACCAGACACAUGAGCUAUUAAUCAAAAUUACCAUGUAGCAGUACAGUAGACACCUGUCACACAGACAGGUGAUAGUCAGACAGUCAGUCAAAAUUCAUUCAGUCAAAAUGCCAGAAAUGGACACGAAUCAAAUUGAUGGAAAAAUGGAUACCAAGUCAAAAUGGAGAGGUAAGUGGACACCCUGUGAUAUUGCCAUAAAAGGCAUCCAGUCAAAUGAUCUUAGUGAAAAUGACAGAAAAAAAAA